GGCUAUCAAGUUUUCCAAAACCAUAAUUGAAAUCCGUUUCAGUCUUCUUUAAGCUUGUCCACCCAUGGCCUUCUCUUGUAUAUGCUGUGUUAUUUAUAGCCUCAUUUAUUGUUUUGUAUGGUUAUUUAUGUUUCGCUCAAUUUGGUGGAGUGUUACCGCUGUUUGAAUUUCAAUAAUUUCAUGACACAGCUCCUUUAACUAUUUGUUUGCUAUACAGUAAACACCCGCAUAUAAGAACACAUGAUUUCAGGGUUCGGGCUGAUCUAGUUCUUAUUUAUUGGGUGCUUACUGAGAAAUCAGUAAGAUGUUCUUAAUAAUUAUGUUCUUAAACUUUGUUUCAGAAAUUAACUACACGUAAGAUGUUACUAGAGGUUUAGUUAGCAUAUUUUAUUAUAAAUAAAUAAGUAAGUAAGUAAACAAAAAUCCUAAAGACACCCAGGCAACUGUUACAGCUUUGUAAUUGUCCAGCAGCAGCCAUAGUUACAUUCAUUCAUUCAAGCAAAUUUUGCUUUCUUACUCUGUCACCCUCUGCGUUAUUAUAUAAGAACCUGUUAAAAUUAUUUAUCCGGCUGAACUGGUUCUUAUAUAAUUAUAUGGUGAUAUAAAAUGGGCAUAAUUUCAGCCUCAUGUUCUUAAUCCAUUAAUUUUGUUCUUUUUUGUGGGUGUCUGCUAUAUUGCAUGUUAUGCAUGUUUCUCUUUGUGUUUCUGUCUUAGUCCUCGCCACUUGGCAGCAAUUCAUCUCUCAGCUUCUGGAGGCUAUAUUGAAGCAAAAAGAGCAGGUUAUUGAUUUUUUAAAGACUGCAUGUUACUUUACUCUCAGAAAUAGCUGGUGGCUAUUUUGCUGUCAGUUUACAUGUAGAGACAACAUACACAUUGUAUACAUUUUAACAAAGAAUAUUUGAAUAGAGUCUACAUGUACAUGUAAAACAUGGUUAAAUGGAGCAUAAAAAUAAAAUGCAGCUGAACAGAGCCUGAAGUUAGACUGGAGUUAAACAUCAAACAAGACAGUUGACCAAAUGUAAGCAUUAUACAAGACUAUUAGACAGAUGUACAGUUAAAACAUUGUACAUUACAGUUGGACAGAGCUUAAAAAUUGUACAAGAUAGUUGGACAGAGCCUAAGCAAUAUACAGGGCAGUUGAACUGACUUCAAACAUGAUGCAAGACGGAAGAUGAUGAUUUUAAGACAGAACUGAAACAUUAUAAAAGACUGUUUAGAUACACAACAGUUGGUGGGCAGAGCUUAAACCUAUAGCUACCAGACAGUUUGGAUAUAUAGCACCCAUGAACAUCAGUCAUAUGUGACAGCUGGAUAGAGCCUAUAAACAUUGUACAGGGCAGCUGGAAAGAGCUUAUACAUUAUACAAGACAACUGGACAGAGCUUAACAUAUUUUCAAGUUGAAGUGAGCCAGAAAAGACAACUGCACCUGGAUAAUUAUGUGUACUAUCAAUACACCCUUUCAAGCUGAUAUACAUUAACAGACUUUUAACAUGCAGCAAGCAAAUCAGCUUAUUACUGAUAAAUUGCUUUGUGGGUUAAGCUUGUUUAUUGUUUAUCUUUGUAACAUACAAGCAGGGCAUAAAAUUAAACUUAAAGUAUAAGGCUCCAUGUACCAACACAAGGCAAGUUAUACGCUGGUCUGGCUCAUUUCUUUUACCCUCUUUCAUAUAUCUGAUUUAAAUAAUGUUACAUGUUUGAAAAACAACAUGUUUGUAGCCUGCGCCACAGGCAAAACAAAACUCUGGUUAAUCCAUCUACAAAACAGCGCCAAAAUCCUUGUCCCACCUGUGUACCAGGAUUUGAGUACGUGCCGUGAUUGGUCUGUUGAAAAAGACAUUGAUGAUUUGCCAAUCAGAUUAAAAGGAAAUGCAAAACACACUUCCCGUAACUUCAUUGAGUCCAUUGAGGGCCCAGAACAAUGAUCUUAGCGCUGCUUCACAGACCUUACUAACCAGGGUUAAAUUAUGUGUGUGACUCAUGCUACAUGUUUGUUGAAAGCCUUUAAAAUGUAAUUAGUUCUUGGUUUGUGUUGGUAUGUUAAUAAUUAACACUAUUUAUUACAUGUCCUUGUUAAUAGCAUGGCAUUUAGAUGUCGGAUGUAAUUAUGGUGGAAGUCCAGUGAUGCAUCCAUUUGCCUUCAGAGUUCAUGCACACAAAUUAGGUAUGUUGAAAUAAGAUACCUGUUAAUUAAAUUUAACAAAAUACUUACAUUCUUAUUGCAGUGUACCAAAAAUUGAGCUUUGUUGUUAUCCUUUAAAGUCACUUUACAUUUUAAUGAGACAGCUGCAUUGAGGCACGUAUGCAGCUGUUAAAGAGUGGCUGGACACCGAUUCAUUACUACCAACCCCUUCUCCAGCCAACUCUUCCAUCUCUCACAGUUUACACAUUACUGUAUAUCAUUUUUUUUUAUUGUAGUCUUACAAAAAUGGGUACUUACAGUGCUUACUGACAAUAAACAGAUUACAGAAAGACAAUACUUUGAACGGUGCUUAAAAACUUUAGAAUCAUGCCAACUGUUAUGCAGUGCUCAUUGCUUGAUACAUGUACGCGAAAAAAAAAAAAUGAAACUCUGAAAAGAUGAUAGAAAAGUUCUCAUGGUAAUUGAGAAUUCUUUCUAUGUUUUGUACAAGUAUGACAACAAUAAACAAUUAAUUUAAUAUUAACCUGGUCAUCAAAACUUUUUUUCAGACUAGCACAGGCUAGCUACAGCUUGCCCAUGGGGAAAGUGUUUUUUGCACCCUGAUGGAAAGGUGUCUUACCCCCCUAAUUUCCCUUUCUAUCCCCCCCCCACAACAACAACAAUAUUUGGGACAGCAUGAUAAUAAACCUCUCUAAUAAUAAAUUAUCACCUUAUUGUUUAUUUUAGGGACAGUUAUAUCCGGCUACAAAGUGCGUGAUGGGGUUUGGACACUGAUUGGCAAAGGAGAUCCACAACGACCCCAGGUAAACAAUCCUACAGUACUUACAACAUUUGAAAAUAAUUAUACUGCUAAAUUGUUGAUGAAUUUAUUUGUAGAUAACGUUUUUAGCCAUCAUUUUUUAUGAUAUUCGCAGGCAUUUUACCCAGUGAAGUCUGAAAAAGAUCUGAGCAUCCAAAUGGGUGAUACAAUAGUAAGACACAUUUUCUUGUAUUUUAAUUGUUCCAAAUGAAUAUAAAUCUAGUAUGGCCAGCUCCCACCUUGUGGUCAACUAUGUUUUAAGGACACCCCGCUAAUUUGGCAGCAGCUAAGUCCCCAGGAAAUAUAAGUGUUGACUGAAAAAAUAUCUACCAUUAGUAAAAUCCCACUAGUGGUUUAUUAUUGCCCCCGCAGGGAUUUCGCCCAGAGGCGAAAUCCCGAGGAGGCACCCUAGUAACUCGCGCGGAUAUUAAGGAUAGUACUUACAGUUCAAAUAUACAGACGGUAUACUAGAAAAAAUCUUGAUUUGCUCGAACUGGGGCCACGAGGAAUUGGUAGGUAAUGAUGACGUUUCUAUUGUUUGCACCCGCAAGUACGAAAUGGUUAGGAUGACGUAAAGACAGAAAAUCCCGAAGGGACCGCUCAGGUAGAUUUUGUGACAUUUAUUGUGCAGUCAUACUUCGAUACUUUUUUGCGUUAUGCAGUGACAUUCUGUGGAGCAGUUGUUUUGAAAGUUAUGGACCAAAAGACACUCGUUUAGCGCAGGGGAGGUUAUAAGGUCUGUUUAAGUGUGUAUAUAUAAACACUUGGAGAGUUUGCCAGACACGAGAUCACAAAUCUUUGAUUUAUACUGGAAACCUUGCCAGACAUUCUUUCUCUCUCUUUGACCGGAAUAAGACUCAGCCCCAAACAAGCAGGACGAGUGAACAACGGCUAGCUUAUCACUAGCAGAUUGAUGGACAUUUACAGAAAUUCGCCGACAAUCAAUUUCAUUCUGUGCUGACUUAUUCCCUGCUCACAGAUGUCCUUCCGUUAUAAAUUUUCAAAUAAGACUAGAAUGCGCUAGCGUGAAUCGAUCAAACGUCCUUCUAAUUUCUAAGGCUUACUUUCCGGCAAAUAAAAUGAACUGAAUGUAAAAAGGGAAAGAGAAAUAGCGAAAAAUUCAACUUCUAAUUAAAUCUUUUCUUAUGGUUUAGGACAAACUAUUCUCGAAACUGAGAAUGUUUUGAUCAAAGCUGUGUAAAUCGAGCUGAAACUGUGCAUGGAACCUUGCAUUUCCUGUAUUUAUCUCACCUAUUGUAUGGAAUAUGUGUGAAAAUCUUCAUUAUGAAUCGGUAUACUUCAAAGAGCUACACAACCAGCAAGAAUACUAUUGACCGACAACUGAUACAGAACGGGGGCAGCUGUAGUGUCAACUAUUACUAGUCAAUACUGCAUUCUGAUUGGUUGAGCUAUUACUAGGCUAUAUGUUAUAUUCCACUAGUAGUGAAAAGCGCCAGCUUUGAAAACCAAAGCAAAGGUGGCUGAAUCGUGUUUUGCCAGCUAAAGUUGUUUUGUCUAGAUAUUUUUGACCAACUAGAGUUGAAUUUUACCAAAACAAUUAUUCCUCUCGCCCUCAUUGCCUCUGAGUCAAUAGCCCAUUCGGCCUUCGGUCUCAUAUGGGCUAUUGACUCAGACGCCAUUUGGGCUCGAAUAAUUGUUAAUUAUUCUCAUUACACUCUUUUCAGCCCUGCUACCAUUACAAAAUUUGUUAUUGUUCAAACGGUUGCUAUAAUAAUAUUAGUAUAGUCUUAUUAUUGUAGACAGCGUGCAAAGAAAGUACCGGUAGUGUCCGAUAGCCCGGGGCUAGUGGAUUUUGCUAUUGGGCUAGUGAAUUCUGUUAUUAACUUGCCCGACAGGCAAGUGAAUUUUUUUGAGGAAUUCAAAUUACAGAAGAACUGUGAAAUCAAUCUGCUCGUCAAAACGUUUUUGGGGCUAGUUGAAAUGAUAUUUGGGCUAGUAAAUGUUAGCUUCAGCUUGCCCGAAUGGCAAGCUGUAAAAAUGACUUUCUUUGCACCCUGUAUAGAGAUCUGAAAGUGCCACAUUGUUUGCUAUUACCAGGUUCAAGGCACAACAAAAUUUUUACUCAAAAUGUUGUUCUUCUAUGGUAACCAAAGCUUAGAGAACAUUUCUUUUUGCACAUUUACCAAAUUAUACAAGUGUAAGUAGGUGCAGUAUGAUCGUCCGGGUGAUCGGAGAGUGUGACUGACAAUCACCCGGACAAUCAUGUUCCGCCUACUUCUGAAAUGACACCUGGGUUCAAACCUUUCACAGUUAUACAUAAGUGUUUUAGUGAGUGAGGUGAAAGCAACACAGGUGGACAAAGCUACAUGCUUGUAAGUCGAUUUAAAUGUUCUUGAAACAUAGCCAGUCUCAACGUCUUAAUGAUGCUGACAGUUUCAAUAACUGUCAGCCAUCUUUAUCAAAACUUGAAAAACAUUAAAAGUGUCAGAAGCCUUAAAUAGGAUUCUGAAGGUGUCAUCAAAACUAUCAGCAUCAUUAAGACAUUAAGACUGGCUAUGUUUUAAGAACAUUUAAAUCGACUUAUUAACUUUACUAGCCUGAUGAAUUUCUUCAAGAAGCUACAUGCUUGUGUUUUUAAUGGUAAUAUUGGUACGGACAAUGGGUAGUAGUCAAAGAAUUUUCUAUGACCUUUACAAAACUCUAGGAAUACUUUGUUGUUUUCUGACAAAUACGUGUUGAGCUCUGAAGAAAUAUCUUUGAACUGUUGUUUAUGAAACAUUUUUAUGAUUAUAGGCUGCACGAUGUACCUACAAUUCAACACAGAAGAAUGAUAUCACAUAUAUUGGGUAUGUUUUUAGUACUAUCUGAAGAACAAUUCAGAAUCUGACUGAUUAUAAAAAAAAAAGGUAUUGUGAUACAGCUGUGCACACUUCUUUAAUUUGUUUUGUAAAAUCUAUUUUAGGCUGAGAUUGAGCAAAUGCCUAAAACAAUGGUUACAAGUAAAAGCAAACCUUUCCUCUAAAAAUAUGAAGUUGCACAAAGGCCAAAAAAAACAUGUCCUAUCCUUGCCUUUGGGGGAGGGGAGGUACAGGAGUAAGGGAAAGUCAGAGUGCAGGUCAAAACAAUACAAUGUAUCACGAGUCUUGUCACUAUCAAAAUAAUAAUUAUUGUUUUGCAUGAAGGUGGAAGAGAAACUAUAUCUGUACUCAUAACCUGAAGAAUGUGACCUGUAAACUUUUAGCAUGCUCAUGUUGUAAAAAACUUCAGGUUAAAAUGCUUUUAUCUGUUUUGUCUUCUAACCUUAAUUAUUCAUGACUUUUAAUAAUCAUGAAUGAUAAUCAUAAUUGUGAAUUAUUCAUGAAUAUGACGCAGGGCGUGAAUAGAGAUCUUUGACUUGGGCACUAUGUGCCAUUGGGUGUGGAAAGGACUAAUUAUGAUGAUGAUGAUGACUAAUAGUGAUCUCACAAAGGACACCCACAUGUAAUAAGUUAGGUUUCUUGGAAACUGACCACCUACCCCUCCCCUAAAUCAGCAUUUUGCCCUAAGCAAGAAGUGAGUGUUAAUGUUGACUUAGGGGAGGGGUACAGUGUAAUUUAGGCAACAAUAAUUAUUGUCAAGAGCACUUCUAUUUUUGUGAGGAUUACUUUAACUACAGCCAUUUGCUCAUCCUUCAUACAAUCUACAUGUACUAUGCAGUAGCCUGUUUAUAUCGAUGGUCAAUAGAUUUUAUUUUCUUUCAGAGCAACAAUGGCAGAUGAAAUGUGUAAUUUCUACAUGAUGUAUUGGUAUGACCCCAAAGAGAAUGACAUGGAAGGGAGCCCUGAGGAACGGUGUGGUUAUGUCAAUGAGAGGGGGCUCCAAUUCCCAAAUGACUCUGAUGUUCGCCUUCCAGGGAGUGGGGAAAAAAUGGAGCUGAAGCGAGACUUUGUAGAAGGUAGGCACUCAGAAAUGCACUGAUUACUUUUAGACAUCGGUCUUUCCUCUUCUUUUCUUAAGAUUCUGCUUUUCCUUGCUGUCGCUUUCAUUUGAGACUGUUCAAUCUUCUGAUCUGACAAACUGCUGAAUGUAUAGCAUCUCAAACGUUCCAGAAAUGUGAUGCAAAAUUGUGCGCAGUGUUGAAUGCCAUUGGUGAAUUCUGUUUGUGUUACUUUUUCCUCCCCAAAAAACUAUUGUGUUACAAAAUUAGGGUGAAAUUCUAUUUACCAAAUUGUACAACAUGGCCAUGCAAUCUCUGUCUGUCACAAAAUCUGAGUAAACAAAAUAUUUUUUUGGUGUGAGUUACUUCCAGUUGUUCUUCCUUUUAAGUUUGCUGAAAAAUGACAUACUCUAUUUGAAUAUUUAUGUAUGAGACAAAAAGACAUUUCGGUGGUGAGGAACAAGAUAUGGAUGUAUACUGUAUUUGAGAAUGUCUGCACAUUCACAAUGCUUCAAUGUGGAGCUAAGGAAAAAAUUAGCAACACCACUGCGCAUAUUGAUGCAUUGUUCAUCCUGUCUAUUGCACCAGUCUGACUUUAAAAUUUUCUUGGUCUUUGAUCGCAGGCUCAGAUGAAAGUGAUCGCAAGUGAAAGGCGCGCGCGGCUGAAGAACUGACUAUGGAAUUAAUGAUAAUUUAGUAAUUUAGUACCUAAGACUCUUAAGUUAAAAAUAUAUAUUUAUAUUUUUUGAAGAAGUCAUUGUAAGGAGUAAUGUUAUUUUCACCCUAAUCUUUAAAAUUGUCUUUUAUGAUGAUUUUUUAAAAAGGAUUGGACACUAAAGAAAGUGUUUUCGACACUAAUUUGCACUGCAAAUUUAAUGUGUAUGCUUUCUUUUUGAGAGCAUUUUGUUCUCGGUUACCUUGUUUUACUGACUUUGCACAGAAGCUAAAAUGGGAAUCCAAUAUAAAUUGUUUUCCAGAAGUAAAGAUGUUAUUUAAACUUAUUAAAGCUUAAAUGUUGAAAUUUGUCAGUGGAAACUGUUUGCACUUUUUAGGAAUAAAUAAAAUUUCUUUGCAUUGAUUCCUAGUCAACAUGUUUUUAUUAGAGCACAACACAAAACAAUUAGCUACACUUUCUCCCAAUUAACCGCGUUUACGGUGGAUGAAUUUUAAUUGUUUUCCGGAGUAGAAAUAUCGUGCACUUUGUGAAGUUCAAUGGCGACAAAUGCUUGCCAUUUUUCAGAGUAUAUUUUGAGGAAAUAAUUUUCGACUAACCUGAAGGCGAAUGUACACUAGAGAUAAACUUUGUCCGAUGUCAUAAUAAUACUGUCACAGGCCAGAGAUUUUUGAUAGCUUACAAAAUGCAACUGAAUUGUAAGCACGUCUUCUCUCGUUUCCAGAGGCUGCGAUCCUCUUGGUCAGCACCAAAUAUCACAAACGUCCGUUGCCCGUUCCACUGGACAAGGGCAACGAAGGCUCUGAGGACGAGCUUGAGACUCAGUUCUUGUAAAUCACCCUCAUUCCCAGUCUUCCUCGGCGAGUUCGGAUGUGACGUCAACUUAAUACGUCAGCCAUAAACCUUGACGGGUCGCGCUCGAUAUUCCUAACGAUAUUCCAAGCUUCGUUCGCCCACUCGCAUAACGCGAAUUGGCCUUGGGACAAAGCUGGAAGACAAUAAAUGAGACGCUUCUUCCGUAAUGUGACACAGGAUCGCUCCGGUGGCAGCGAAUUAUCCUAGACUAAGAGUUGUCCCUCAUUAGACUUUCCUCAGGGUUAAAAGAGCAAGCUAAAUACGUGAGCGCGCGUGGGCUUGCGUGAAUCAGUUAUCCGUAAAGAAAAUAGGGGGAAUCACUCGUAGUUGAGGAUCAUCCCGUCCUGUCCCAACACUCCUGCCAACACUAGGCCAUUCUGCUUAAUUUCCUGUACUUAAAGAGAUCAAUUCUUUGCUCUCCCUUCUCUAAAACCAUAGUCCACUAAUAAAUGCUGCACCAUGGCUAGUCAUACCUCUUCUGUACCUAUGUGUCAACGUUAGUUCUUGAGUGAAGGCGAUUGCAAGUAUUUUUCGUGUCUAAGGGGAAUAGGCAUGGUGACGAGCGAUUGGGUUGAAGGGGUUGUGAAGAAAUUGUAAAUGCAAUUUGGCCAUUUUGAGUUUCCACGAACGACUGGGUCUGUGUGGUGGCGAAUUGGAUCAUGGGACUGAUUUUGAGGGACGAAUUUGGACCCAUUUUCCAACGCAACUUAGUAAUAGCCAAUGAAAGAAGCAAUAGUGUGCCAAAAACAGCCCCAUUGUGCAGUUCUGCUCGACACCUACCCAGUGCGCGAGCAACCUCAAAAUAUCCAAGGAUUAGUGAAGUUGAAGGCGAGUUGUUGUGCGGGGUUGUUAUUUUGGUCCCUUUAGUCUUUGCAUCCUUUCUCGACUAAUACUCUGGCUAAUGUUUUUCCUUCUUAUCUACAAAACUGUCAAACGUGCCUUUGCGAUUGGCAUAGUGGACCUCGUACGUAUUCUCCGUAGCCCAAAGCGUAACGGAACUAAUCCGCAAUCGACUCUAAAGCGCGGGAAGACAACAAAAACGUAAAAUAACACAAAAUUAUACUUAAAACAAUCCAAGGGAAGGUAAAUACGUUGGUGGAUUAUCCUCGAUUAGCCCAUGAUGUUAAUUGGUUAUCGCGGUUGGCAUACUGCUGAGGGUAGGGUAAACCUGUCAUGGACUGGCAUCCCCUCUCGGGGGAGAAACCGGGAUAAGCUCCCUUGGAACGAGGUUGCGUCAUCCUCUUCUAUCGACACACGGUUCGCACAGUCUUGAAAAGUCCUUAAAUUUCUGUGCAAGUCCUUGAAUUUUCUUGAACUUGGAAUGUUGUGGCCUGGAAGUGUUUUCAGGGCUUUUUGGUUGUCCAAGACAAUAUAAGUCAUAGCACAGAGAAGUUAAUGGUGAUUUGCAUAAAGCGUUUUUUUGUUUUACGUAAGAAUUAAUUAUCAAUUUAAGACACGUGAAAUGAAAAAUGUAGAGACGUUGGUGAAGUAAACAAUUCAAGUCUUAAACUCCUGUUAGAAUGGACUAGGAUUGUGCAUUUUUGUGCAAUCUAUGACUUAAAUUCCUCAUAGGUGGUCCUUGAAAACAAAUGUAAUGUAGUCCUUGAAGGUCCUUAAAAAAUGGUUGCAAUUUUUUGUAUGAACCCUGCGACAACACUGACAACGAUAAUCUUGUACCGUUCCUCCUUUCUGCACCGAAUCAGUAUCGCUAACGAUUUUUAAUCCUCCCCUCAUCUCAAAAUUAGCCUUAAAAAAGGCAUAAAAGCUAAUCGGGGGUGGGGAGGAAGGAAGUGACACCGUCGUAAAAGGGGAGGCUUAGGCUCCCCUGCUACCCCUCCCCUACACCUGCGACGUAAGCUAGUGACAAUGAAAAUGCCCAGGCUCACCAUAAGUGCAAAAUGUAUUUAUAAAUUUGUUGCUUACAUAUGCUACCAGAAUAAGCCAGCGUUUUUGCCCCCCACCCCCGUCACAAAGUGUGUCUGCAUUUUUCAAAGUCGUCUGUGUGCUAUUUUAGGAUGUGAGCCAUCCUGCGAUGAUGAAGAGUCCGUAUUCCUUGAUGAAGACACGGCGGAGUGGCCUGGAAAUAAUCCAGCAAAUGUGAAGCUUGGUCAGGUUACCGCAGUUGACACUGAUGCGGACGGGAAUGUUGUUAUAUUUCAUCGAGGAUCCAGGAGAUGGCAGGCCGAGUGAGUAGAAAAACUAGUCGCUAUUGAAUGACCUUUCCACUCCCGGGAAUGAUUACAGAUAUUUAUAUAUAUAAUAAACACAUUUAGCCAAAGCUAAAAGCGAAGCUCUCGAAGGAUGCUUUGGGAAAUGUCCUCCUCAAUUAAUUAUACUUUGGCCGUAAGCAGAGAGCAAACUGAAUUCUACCUUAAAAAAUUGACCUGCACCCGUGAUCAACUGACAACUGGUCAGUGGAUAACUUUGAAAAUUGCAUCACUUCCAUGAGUUGUAUACCUGAGCCCGCGAUUCAGUCCUGUGACACUUGUCAGCGAAGCUUUUAUGACAGCUGCCUUCUCUUCUCCCCUCAUUCAAUAAGACAAAAGGAGACUCUGCUCGCAGGAUGCCUUAAAUAAUGAAAAACAAAUGAUGAAGUCUUUAUUGAAAAUAACACCUACACACAUAUGUGUGAGUUAACAAUAAUAGCAGAAUUAAAUAUACUGAAACAUAAGAUGUAAUUUGAAAAUCUAAAUACAAUUAAAAAGACAUCUGUUGAUAAAACAUAGCUUGAACCUUUCAGUCCUAACAAGCGGCAAAACGUUAUCGUGGCCCCUCUCUCGUAGUUUCCGCCUACGCUUCAUAGGAGAAGAUCAUUUAAAUAACACCGCGCGAAAGUACUGAUUUAUUCAAAAGAGUUUUCAUUUUUCACAAAAUUCAGCUGGUCAAAAGUCAGGCCUUUAUUUUCGGCCUUUAUAAUAAAACAGAAACCAGCAAACAUCAGAAAACUAACACAACAACUAGCAAAUAAACGGAGGAGCAAAUAAAAAGUCAAACGAACACUAAAGAUUUGCUAUAAUACUCUGAACGAAAGCAUAAUUUAAUAAAAUGUCUGUGUAUGUGUGUGUUUGUUGUCAGUUCUUUUAAUGAUCGUGAUGUAUUCAACCAUCAAGAUCAGCCAAUUCCCGAAGCCACUGUACUGAAGCUGGAUCCAAAAACUGGAGAAGUUAAAAAAAGCUGGGGAGAGAAUAUGUAAGUAUAUCCCGUAUUGAAUCAAAAAAGAAAGAAAAUGGAAAAUGUGGCGAGAAAUAACAGUACUGCAUGACAGUGCAGUUUCAAGAAAAUAAAAAUCACGUGAUGCUGUUUUUUUUCGUACCCAGGUUCUUUAUGCCUCACGGGCUUACCAUCGAUCACGAGGGUAACACGUGGUUAACAGAUGUAGCCUUGCAUCAGGUCGGUGUUUCUUUUUACUCGUUGGUUUUUGUAGGACAAAGUGAAGUCCUGAAAGUUGCAUAUUAGUUUGCUUGGUCCUAAUUUUUUUUCUGUUUCUCUCUCUUGUUAGUCAACAAUUAGAAAGCGAACUAGAGAUUUCGAAUGGCACAUAAUUAGCGAGUGGAGAGACCCGCCCUUCGCUUGUAGUUACUUUAGUCUCCGUGUGUUACGCUAAUAUAUAUAGUACAGUGGAACCCACCGUUAGACCAUAAAUCCUGGUUCGUGCGUAAUAAGGAGAUGGUAGUGUAAACGGGGUGGUCGUUUGGCGGGGUUCCACUGUCCAACGAUUUUGCAAACGGAACUAUUUGCACUCUAAGAAGACACUCUUGGAUACUAGGAAACAUUUUUCAAUCUAGUAAAAACAUCCAUGCUUAGUGAAUGCAAAUUUUGUUUACAAAGAAUUACUCUGCAUUAUUCUUAUGUUUACAAACACUGCUGCAAAUGGGAAUAUAUAUUAAAUCAUAUCUUAAAGUCGGAACUGCAUUAUUGAUAGAAACCUAGCUAGAGUUAGCCUUUCUGUGUGUUUCAUCAUGACCAAGCCUUGCUUUGGAAUUGUCUUACGAAAUUACAACGAUUGGUGAAUUCCCUUUGUAUUUUAAGUUGAGAGGAAUAAUCUCCAACAGAAAGAGGAAAAUGCAAAGAAUUUGUCCACAGACGGCGAUUGGUGAUCAAAUCUGCAAAUGCAUAUGGACAACCGAUAUUUCAUUUUAAACAAGGGAGAUAUUUUUUUUGUUGGUAACAGGUUUUCAAGGUCUCCCCUGGAGAAACCAAACCAUCCCUAACUCUCGGAGUCAGGUUUGAACCAGGGAAAGACGCAGAUCAUUUUUGUAAACCUACGGAUGUUGCUGUUGAUUCCAAAGGAGUCUUCUAUGUUUCUGACGGGUAAAUUGUUAUUUUUGUUCCUUUUUUAAAUUUAGCUUUUUGAAAACAAACGGACGAGUUCGAGAGACAUUUCACUAUUUCCCAAUCUCAACCCCAGGGUCUUCUCGUUUUCCAAUAUAGCGGCGGCAGUGAAAACGAGAAGACCCUGGGGAUGAGGUUGCCUAUUUCCUUUGUGGCCCGCGGAGAAGGACCUGCACGCAGGUUAGAUCGAGAUUCGGCGAGAAUCCAAGUGUCUCUCUCGUUUAGAUCUCCGUCUGCUUAAAUUUUCCUUAUAAUUUAUGCAUCACUAUUUUUUUUCUUCCCUUCCGUCUCGUUUUCCCCAGUUUUUACUUCUCCUCUUUCUUUCCUGUAGUUACUGUAAUAGUCGGGUAAUGAAGUUUUCACCAGACGGCAAAGAAAGCAUACAAAUGGGUAGGUUAACAACUUUUUAAAAUAGCGUUUAAUGUUUGGAUUGUCUUCACUUUGGACGGGGGUAGAGAGGGUGGGGAUGGCCAUUGUUGCCCAGCAAUGAAAUUACUUUCUUGGGCCAGGCUCCUAUCCCGAGGGUUGGUACUCUCUUCAAAGUCCCAAUUUUCGAAAGUCUAGCUUACUUGCUCUCUGGCCCUUAUUGCUGGUUUUCAGUGUCACGCCAUUCAAAAUAGAUCAAAAUCAAAAUCAAAAUCUGGGAAUUGAAAGGAGGUAAAUAUGCAAACACCCUCGCCAAGAUUCAGGUCAGCGGAAUAUUUCGAAGAAACGUUUUACCCAAAUUUAUAGAGAUUUGUAUGGAGACGCCAUGCUGGUGCUCAUCCGGAUGAGCUCCAACAUGACGGACGGAAACCAACAGAAACAUCUGUUACCGAGUUUUGCUUCAAAAGCGUGAAUUUAUUCUUCGAAGAACUCAUAAACAUUAAAGUAAUACUUUUUCUAAUACAUGAACUGUUUAGAUAGGUAAAUUCCCUGAAAUAAGUCUUUUUUUUAACCUACAAGACAGCUCCCUUAGCCGUCAUAUAAAUGCCGCGUCACGCAAAACUUAGAAAUUAAAGCGUACUCUAUCACAAAACCAAGAACCCAUUUGAAGCGAAAAUUUUAUGAAAAUGAGUUUUCAGCUACUCUAAUACAUCAUGAAAGUAAAAUCUCGGUAGGGUCGAUAGUUUCGUAGUAUUAAUUUUAGUGACGUCAUGUGAAAACCAGCAAUAUGUACUGUAUAGUCUUAUAAAAUUUCAUCAAGCAAAUCAAAUCAAUCGUGCAGGCAAUAUCCUGCUUAUAAUUAGGACAGACUCGCACGAAAUUACAUACUCUGUUUAGGACAGACUUGCGCAAAACUAUAUAGCCGGUUUAAGACAGAGAGGUAAAAAACCAUACCCUGUCCAGCGGCACAUUCUCUUAUAGGCCGUAUCACGGAAUUCCUCCCCCCACCUUGAUAGAACUGAUCAUCCCUGCCAUAUCAUUAAUCAAGAGCUGUGUUAAUUUAUUACUCUGUUAUCAAUGAUGAUGCAUUUUUCUGCGCUUUGUUUUUUUUUAAGCAUCAAACGCCUUCCGGAUUCCCCACAGUCUUUCUUUGGACGAGGCAAACGGACGGCUUUAUGUCGCUGAUCGGGAGAACAGUCGAGUUCUGGCACUUGACGCCGGAAGUGGUAGUCUUUUACGUGAAGUAAAAGACUUCGGAGAGCGAGUUUUCGCAGUGCAUUAUCACGCCAAACGUGGUAUGUUAGAAUUAUAUUAGAAUGCCAUUACCUGGAGCGUGCAGCUUCUUUACUAUGCCUGCGUAUCGUGUUUUCACGGUUUAUUUUGAGACACGUUUUAUGGAUUACUGCUUGCCAAAGUGUGCUGCUUGAUUGCUUGAUAUGCGGCUAGUGUGAAGGGCGGCAAAAUUUACAUCUGGUGUAAAACGCGCGAAAGCGUUCAACUAUGUCAGGCGCGGUAAAGCUCGUUUACCAUUUACAAAAAGACUCCGGAAAAUAUGGUUUGAAAGAAAAUGAAACACGACUUUUUGGUCGUUCCAGCGGAAAAUUUCCGGCAGCAACGCACAUCUGGAAAGGCAGUCCUGUUUUACUGGACGAAUUGUUCCAAACGAAAAUUCUUGUUCCAUUUCUUCAAAGCCAUAGUGAGAUUUUCUCAGUAGUAAGCAGUGCGCACACGUGAACCAGCGUCAUUUUGGCGGGAAACCGUGAUAGCCGUCGUCAUCCUACUACGGUGAGACUAGAUUCAGGCCCUCGCGGCCUUUUUCCGUAAAAUUGAACUGAUUUGUACAAACGGUAAACGCGUUUCCGGACGAAAUUUACCAGUCCUGAAUUUUCGUUACCGUUAGCCCAAACGGUGAACCGAAUGGUUUGCCCAUGUAAAUGGUAAACGACCAAAAUCUCUACCGAUUCCGAAGUUUAGAGCAGCGUUCAAAACGUUCAUUUCCAGUCCUUUGAUAUUUUUAAGAUAUCGUUACCAAGCCAGUUGAAACUUUGUUCGCCUUCAAUAAAAUGUGUACUGUGGUGUGUUUAAUUUCAAAAUGUACGAUUAUUCUUUAGGUGGAGUGCUUCAUGUGGUAAAUGGCCCGCUGUCAUACUACUCUAGAGCCCAGGGCUUCACAUUCAGUCUGAAGAGUGACUCUGUGGUACAGAAAUGGAGCCCAGCUUUGGUAAGAAUUCAUUAAACAGGUUAUAAUCACAGAGUAGCCCUGAUGGAUACAAUGGGUACUAUCUUGAGAAAUUCUUGCCGGUGAGGGUUUCAAUUCUUUUUUCCUUGCGAGAAUUCUGGCUAUAAAUUGAUUUGUAACACCGACAAGGUACUUCUUCAAGUGAAUCAGUCAGGAAGGAAAGCAAAAAGGUACCAUUUUUAACAGACCGUGCAGCCGGAAACAACUUAAAAUCGUUGGUUUUGCACACAGUGAUAGACGUAACUGGUCGGUCCAUUAUACUCCUUUCAGUAACUUCUAACUUUAUUGUUGCAAAGACAUCUCUUUAGUUUUGUCCAUAUUUCGUGACAGUUUUCCUUGUAAACUGGUUCCAACUUCUUGUGCGACAUUCUUACUUUUGCUUGAUUUUGUGUCAUUGAUCAGCAAAAAGUAAGUGACCGCAGCAAUCCCCUUGGCACUAGUCGUUAUUUUUUUAAAUCUUAGAAUUCAAUUGCUAGUUUUAAAGUGUGGAAAACAGAUUUAGUCUAGAUCCUCCUUUAAAAAGUAAAAACGAUUUUAAAGUACAUUUUGGAAUAAAAUAUGCUUUUUUUCUUUUUUUUUUAAAUUUAAUCUUUUAUGAUCUUUUCACGACUAUUUCUUUCUUCUUCAGGGUUUUUCAGAGCCUCACGAUGUGACGUCAGAUUCCCAUGGUGCUUCAGUGUUUGUCGCUGAUAUAGGAAGUAACACAGUCUGGAAGUUUAAGAGACGAGUUCAAAAGAUAGUUUAAAUGUGUUUAUCAUCUAAAUUUAUUUUGAUUAAUUUAUUGCUAAAACAGAUUCUUUUCAUCAACUUAUUCAUAUAAAA